UAUUAUUUCUCUAGGCGCUUAAACUGUUUUAGUCAUGCACAGGGGAUGCACAGACCGUCUGAGGUAGUGCAGUAGGCUAAGUGAGAUGUCGGGCAGGUAGUUUGUAUUUUGGGACAUAAAAUAGCUAAUCGCAAAUAGGCUACCACUGUAGGUCAUUCCGUGAACAUAAAUAUUAUUACGUGUUCGCCUGGCUUUACUUGACAGACCUACCUUGAGUGAUGUUACCAUUACGUGUCUGCUAAGGCUAAGGCUCGUAGGCUAUCAUAAGCUUUCAAAUGCAGUGACAUUUCAAUAGCAUGGAUGAAUGCUGUGUUUUGAAAAGGCAUUUACAUUGGAUUGCAACUCGUUAUCUCGCAAUACAGACAUUUAGCCUAUCUGAGAUAGCAGCGAACUUUCAGGAGGCUAAUACCGAUGGUCACGUGCCCUUGUAUCACAAGAUGUGUCUAGCUAAAAGCCAGUACGAUACAUAGCAGACGUUGUCUCGAGGAAGCUAUGUGAUCAGUAAAUGUAGUUAAUUCAUUCACCAUUAGCAGUGAUUAAUAGUAAAUCUAGUAACCCUACCCUUACAGGUGCUUUGUAGUAGGCUGUAUCAGGAAGUAUGUUAUGACUGACUAGCUAGGCUGUUUUUAUAACCACUGUUUAGAAGCUGUAUUUUAAAAUGGAAAAAAAUAUUUACACAUCAAGUAUCAGACACCACCUUGCAGCCAUAUGGAAUUCUGCCACUCAGCAUGUGCAAUUUGUCAGCCUUAUAGAAAUUUUAUACCAGUUUCUGCUGGAACCAAAAGAGACGGACAGGUUUCUCACGCAGCUGAAUGAAUUUGCUGGGGAGAAUGGCAUGAGCGCUGGUCCUCUGAGGAGUCUGAUGAAAAGUGUCCUCCUCCUCCCUCAUGGUGCUCUGAAGAAAAAUCUCACUGCUGAGCAAGUAAAGGAAGACCUCCUUAAUCUUGGAGUCAAUGAAGAUAAGGCAGCACAUUUCUCAAAUCAGUGGAAAGUCCACUAUGCUGUGCUGUCCCGAGUGGCUGUCGGGCAAACUUUAAUGGUCAACCAGCUGGUGGACAUGGAGUGGAAAUUUGGUGUGACUGUAGGGACCAGUGAGAUUCAGAAGACUGGGAACAUCUUCCUACAGCUCAAGCUAAUCAUCAAAAAAGGGAACUCCACAGAAAACGUCUACAUGGAGCUGACGUUACCGCAGUUCUAUAACUUCCUCCAUGAGAUGGAGCGAGCCAAAUCUGCUAUGGACUGCUUCAGCUGAGCUGCAGUGUUGGCCAGACGCUCGGUGUGCCUUUGGUGGGGGACUGUGGGAACAGAUUCAAGGUUGGGAAGCUUCAGUGCAGACAUACAACAUGUGGAACCAAGGACCAUUCUGGAAUGUUGUGAAGGUUCCAUCAUUCUCUGUCUCUCUCUCUCUCUCUGUGUGUGUGUGUGUGUGUGUCCAUAUGUCUUCAUAUAACCCAGCCUACACCACAUGUUAACUUCUGGUGGAUUCUGUCCUCUGGUUUGUAAGCCAAAUGGCCCUCAUGUAAAUAGUGAUUUAUUUAAUGUAAUUAAUGUUAUUUGAAAAAUAUUCACUGAUUGUACAGUACCUUACAAUAAAGAGAGAUAUCUAAUUAAAUCAA